AUGUCCAUAAAGGAGGAUGAUGUUAAGAAUGAUUCUGAUAAUGAUUUGGGUGAUGAUUUCGAUUAUCAACCGAAUGCAGAAGAUGAUGCUGAUGACGACGAUGUGGAUUCUCUGGAUUUCACUAGCAAGAGUGAAGAAGUUUGUGGUGUAAAAAGAAUAGCGGAUUUAAUGGUGGAGGAUAUUUGGAACCUAGAGUUUAGGACAGAGGAUGAGGUUUGCCAAUUUUAUAACGCUUAUUCUUGUUGGCAUGGAUUUGUAAUGAGGAAGGAUGACGUGGUUAGGGAUAAUCAAGGUAGAAUCAUUAGCAGGCAACUUGUUUGCAAUAAAGAGGGCUGGAGAAAUAUGAGGUAUCUCGAUUUGGAUGAUAGAUCAAGGGAGGCAAGGUCACUAACGUGA